AUGCCAAGCUUUGUUAACCAAUUUUAUGCCAAGCGUUCUAAGUGUAUCUUUGGAGUGGCAUGUGUGGCCUAUCUCGGUCAUACCAUUAUCGAGUCUGGCGUGCAACUUGAUCCAGACAAGGUUAAGGCCAUCAUGGACUGGCCUGUUCCGCUCUCGUUGACUGGCCUAUCUUGCUUCUUGGGUAUCAUCGGGUUUUACGGGCGCUUUGUUUGCCACUAUGCUAGGAUCGCCGCUCCACUCAUCGAGUUAUUUAAAGGUACAUUUUUUACAUGGACUAGUCAGGCUCAACAGGCCUUUACAAAAUUAAAAAAACACAUCACUACAACACUGAUCCUACAACUACUAAACUUCUCCAAACCCUUUGUGCUCGAGAUCGAUGCUUCAGGGGUCCUUGUGGGGGCUGUGUUUACCCAAGACUCUCAUCCCUUAGAAUUGUUUAGCAAAAAGUUAUGCACCAGAAUGCAACAUGAGUCAGUUUAUGUGAGGGAGAUGUACGCGAUCACAUAA